CACAUACACACACGCACACAGAUAUCUAACGACAUCUACCAUUGGUUAACUACAAACGCAACAACCAAUCAACACUAAUGUUUCUCUUCAUACACUGCACAAGCGUCCUCAUCUAGGUUCUAAGCCGAAGCUGACGUGUUGCGUAUGCAAUGAGUAAUCUCACUGAUAAUCGUGGCCCUUCUCAUGAUAAAGAUAACAAAGGCCCAAAUAAUAUAAAACGUAAUUUCCCGAUGGAAAAUCGAGGCCGUCGACCAAACGAUGGCAACAAUUCAGACAGAGGUGUGAUGAACUUUGGAAGGCCUGGAUAUCGAGGAACACGCAUAUAUGUUGGGAAUUUACCACCUAAUUUGCAUAGCUCUGUACUGAGAGAGAAAUUUGGAAAAUAUGGAAAAAUAACAUCAAUUGAAAGUUAUCAUAACUGUGCCUUCAUUCAGUUUGAGAAAGAAGAGGAUGCAAAGGCAGCAAUAUCUGCGGAGAUGUUCUGUAUGAUAAAAGGACAGAUAAUAAAUGUAAAUCUGGCUGUUGAAAGUCAAUCUUCUGAUUCAAGUGGUAGAAAUGAAAGGUUUAAUAUGCGAGAUAAAGAGCCUUGGGGAAAUCCAGGCAUGCCUAAUCGGGAUCGAUCUCCUCUUCGCGAACCAUUCAACAGAGCUGGACCUUUAGGCAAGAAUGGAGCUGAAAUGGAGAACAGGGAGUUCUUUGAUAAUUCUAAUAAAUGGAAUGGCCCACCAAACAUUAACCAGCGUUUACAACAACCACCAGCACAGCAGCAACAACAGCCACCACAACAAGGACCAAUGGGAAAUCAAUAUUAUGAUGAAUUUCGAGAUAAUCGUUCGAGACCUGAUUCUUUUGACAGGGAAGCUAAUAACUGGACCCGUCCUCCUUUCAAUGACAAUCCUCCUUAUUCCAAUAAUGCUCCACCACAAAGACCAGCAUUUGAUGCCUCUUUAUUGAUUACAAGUCCACAGCUGAGAGACUAUGCUGAUCAUUUAAAAAGAAGAUUGGAAAAUUUCAACAUGAGUGCUGAGAUCUGUGUAAUUCCUGAUGAUUCUCCUCAAAUGAAUUUUGUGGAAGAAAAAGCUCGACAAGGAGUGUUAUAUGUCAUUAUCAUAUGUCCACAAAACGAAGUUUAUAAUUCAUUAACCUUGCAUAUAUUUCCAGGUACUCCUCAAGAGCAUAGAAAUAUGCCAUUAGCUGAUGCUAUGAAUCUUGUGGCACGCAACUUUGAACGUUAUCUCCAACAAAUGAAAGAGGAAAACAAUUCUUCAAAACCUGCACCAACUCAAGUAUUUGAUCCACCUUCAUUUGAGAUCAGAUAUUUGUUAGAUCUAUUAGCUGAUAGCCGCCAUCUCUCAAUUGAAGAAUUGGAUAAAGUAUUGCUGUAUGUCUCUAAUCGAAAGAAGAAAAUGAUGGAGAUGAACAUGCAAUCUGCUGCCACAGAAGGUUCAGGUGGCUUUAGAGCCGAAGAGGAUAAGCGAAGAAUUGAUAGCAAAAUGCUGUUACAGCAUCCCAACCAGCAGAAAGAUACAGAUUUUCAAUCUAAAAUAUUAAGUAUGAUUACUUCUAAUACCGCUGGAGAUAACUCUGCUGAUGGACAGUCAUCAUCACUGCUCAAUCCUCUUCUUCGUACCAAAUCUGAUGCUGCAAUGAGCAAUAUGGAAGAUGUUCCCCCUGAUUUUUUUGGAAAUCCUUCAAACAUGAAAGCUUUUAUCAACUUUGAAAACCCUACUGUUAAAAGGGCUCUUGACAAUUUGAUGCAGAGUGGGCCUAAUAUCCUUGAAAAUAUUACUGCUGUAGCAAAAGGGCUAUCUUUACCUCAAAGAAGUGAUAAUUUACCAUUUGAUGGAGUGAAAAAUCAUCCCCGUUUUCCAACCAAUAAUUCUGGACCUAGUUCUAUGGACCGACACAUCCCACAAUGGGGUCCACAGCGGGCUUCACAAAUGCCUAACACGGGCAUGAACCAAAAUUUGGCAAGCAGACCUACUCCAUCUUCAGUAGGGAUCAGUAACCGUUAUUGAUUCUGAGAUACACUAUUUUCUGUUCAAUUUGAUCAUAUUUCCCUGUUAUACUAUGAAUUACAUGAAGCAAUACUGCAUUGAAAGUCUGAAUUAUUUUAACCAAACAUAACAUAUACUUGUUAUGUUUGACAGAAAAAAAUAGAUAUUCAAAAAAAAAUAGAUCUUCAAAACUGACAUUUUCCUUCACUGUCUUAUAUCAUCUCCACAAAUCUAUCAUCUUACUAGCAUUGAUCACUCAUUCAUGAAAUACUUUCCUGAUUUGUGUAUAUUGAAGAAUUUCCUCCAGUGAGCAAAUUGUUUUUUGCUUUUUUUUUUUUCAACAGACAGACAUUCUCAUUGUGACUGAUGAAGGGAAAUAUUGUUUUGUUUCCGUUGUUGUUUUUAUAUCACAUGCAAACUAUUGGUUGUAAAUUAUUUCAGUUUUAACUUGUAUAUUAUCUGGUAUAGUGCUUGCUGAAGGCAUUUUACCACAAAGUUUUAUUCCAUAAAAUCCAUUAUAAUAAAAACUGCAGAGAACAAUGUUAAAUAACUAUAUAACAUUGUCUUGAAUUUAACACAUUGGUGCCAGCAGAAUCAAUGGAUUGAAUUUUUUCUGCACCACUGCAAAUGUUUACCUUAUCUCAUGAGAUCUGUUAUAAAAUGGUGAUAGAUCUGUCUUUUGUAUCUUUCUUGAGAAAACAGAAGGUGUAUAUCAAUUUAUAUGUACAAUUUAUCACCUGAUAAUGAAGUAUAUAGUCCAGCUUAUUCUCUAACGUAUUGUGUCCUUGAUAAAGGCAGAUUGCUUGCUCUCAGUUGGCUUAACAAGCUCUUUUAGAGCAGCAGUUGUUAAUUUAUAAUUGAUAGUAGUAUAGAAUGAGAUACAUACAGAGUAUUUUUUUAAACAGACACCCAAUUUUACCAUAACAUUCACUUAAAACCUUACACCUGAACUUUUUUCAUGAGGCUGUACAUUUGCCUACCAUAAUGCAUUGGAUCUCAUUACUGUUAUAAGCAGCUAGUUUUGGAGGUAUCAGUUUAUUAGAUUCUAUCAUGACUCCCCUUGUUAUGUAUUUUUAAUUGUUUUGUGUGUCUUUCAGUUAGUCACUACUGUUCUAAGAUAAAAAUACUAAAAGUGUACAUUUCAUGGUUAGACAGUAAUUAUUAUAAUCAUUAGAAGGCAGCGAGCUGGCAGAAUCAUUAGCAUGCUGGACGAAAUGCUUAGCGGUAUUUCACCCGUCACUAUGUUCUGAGUUCAAAUUGCACCAAGGUCAACUUCGCCUUUCAUCUGUUUGGGGUCGAUAAAUUAAGUACUAGUGAAACAAUGGGGUUGAUGUGAUCAACUAGUCCCCCUCUUGCCAAAUUUGAGGCCCUGUACCUCCAGCAGAAAGGAUUGUUAUAAUCAUUAGAAGUAUUCAUAGUUGUAUAUAGAAGGCUGUGUUUGACAGAAUUGAUAGAGUGGCAGGAAACAAUGCCUUGUGUCAUUUAAUUAUAUUCUGAGUUUAAUUCCCGUCUGGCUUGACUUUGUCUUUCAUCUUUCUGAAUUUGAUAAAAAUAAGUACCAGUUAAGUACUGUGUCAUUUAAAUUGACUAUACCCCACCCCAAACAUACGUGUCCUUGUACCUAUAUUAGAAGUUCUUGUUAUUUUUAUUUUUACAGUGGAAUGGAUAACGCAUUAGACAUGCAUUAAAUAUACUAUAUUUAGUUAUAUCUCUUUGCGUACCAAAUUCAUAUACCAUCGAGUUCAGCUUUGCCUUUCAUCCUUUCAGGGUUGUUUAAUCUGAAUUAGAGACUUUCUUGUCAAUGUUCAAAGAGGGAAACUUUGGUAUUUUGUUCUGUAGAUUACUUUUAACAAUGCACAAAGUCAACUGUGGUAAAAUUUUAAACUUCAGAAAAUGGGAUACUUAAAUUAUAGCUAGUAGAGUAUCCAUUCGAUUAUCUUGAGAAUUUACUAAAGGAGCUGGUUAAGACAACACAGUAAUGUUAUUCAAUAUUUAAUUUCAACAACAGAUGAUUUAACCCCCAAAUAGUAAUUAAAAAUACUGCUUGUUAUUUGCUAUUUUGAGUCAGUGAACACCUUACAACAAUUGUCUUUCUUGCCUAAUGACAAUAAAUUUAUCAUCAUCAUAUUUAAAGUUGCCAGAGUGUAGUAGUAACUUAUGUUAUUAAUGUUCAAACCCUGCCAGUGUCAGAUUAAAUAUACUGGGUAUAAUCAAUUUAUAUAUUCUUCUCACAAAAUUGUCCAUGUUAAGAAAAUUCAUCAUUAUCAUUGUAAAUAAUCAGGUUUUUCUCCUCCCUCACAGUUGGAUGCUUAGUAUUAGAAAGGGUCUCAAACAAACCAGCAUAGAGAACUAGAUGUAAAAUGGUGAAACCAUUUCCAAAUAUGCUGCAUUGCAUAUAAUGAACAUGGCAGUUGGGUAGUCUAUUUCGUUACUUGCUUGACUAUUUUACAUGCUUAUUUGACAUCUACUGGGUAUGCUCUUUCUCCAUCCAUUUUCUUUCCAAAAUUCAUUUUCCCAUUCACAAUGUUUUCACCCAGAAUAUAAAACCUCUUGUAAUAUUUCACCACAAUUUUCUUAUGAGUCAUCUGAACAGCUAUUGAAAUAUAUCAUUUACAUCUUGAUCUCAGUGUCUGGCUACUACUGCUUUUAAGAAAGGAAUAAACAUCACAAUUUCCAACCCCACUUUUAUACAUCCAAACUGAAAUCUCAGGUUUUAUACUUUGUAUGUAAGAUGCCCAUUGUAAACAUCUAUAUCUGAAGGAACAGUCUGUUUCUUGUAUAUUUUUCCAAAUCAUCAUAAUCAUCAAGAUAAUCUAUGUAUACUGUUAAUAGAUCCUUCCCCAUGUUUCAUUUCUCUCAAAAUCACUAGGUUUUGUGUUACACAUACACACACAUUGGGCUUAAACUCAUAACUCUUUGUUAUUUAAAUCACUAAACAAAUUAUUAUUAAUAUCAUUAUAAUUUUGCUAAUGACUGCGUCUUUGGAUGUUCUUAUGCUACAUUCCUAUCAACAACAUCAUUUAUUAAUUUAUAGCCCUCUCUUUUAACAAGUAGUGUGAGAUGUCAGCCAUUUCAACCAAAGUAUAAUAUCACUUUAUUCCAUUUUAGAUAUUUUUGUUUUAGAAAAAUUUAAAUCUGUAGAAAUAUGCUGCUUUCAUAAUAGAUAUUUUCUAAAAAAAAAUCUGAUUAAGACUAAGACAGUAGUCAUAUUACUAAUAGCAGUUUGUGUGAUGAUACAGUGUCCCCUCUAACAUUUUAUAAAUACUACACAAAGUAGAUACGGUUACAUUAAACUACAGAUCUCUUUAUUUAUUUAGGUGAAAAAUAGAAGAUAUUCUCAUUUCUUAGUUGAAUACUUGACUUUAAAGUAUUUAACCUUGGCAUUAGCGUAGAUAAGGUAAAAUUCAAAUUAAAGAAACUUGUGAUGGACUGUGUUGACAACAAUGAAUGCAUAAAAUAAGUUCAUUUGUUGUGAGGAGUGAAAAAUAUGUUUCAAGCUUAUGACCUUAUCUGUAACUAACAACAUGGAGAAACAUCUUAGAGAAAAAAGUGAGGAAUUAUUUACUCUCAAAAACUUAAACAGUCAGUUAGUUUGUUACAUAAUAAAGAAUUUGAAGAGAUUUAAUAAAGUUUUAUCCAGCUGUCAAACAGAACAUUUGGAAUAACUGGCUAUAAGUGUGUUUAACAUGAAUUGAUAAUGAUGGUCUAAUUUGUCAAAACAAUAAACACUCAAGUGAGCUAAUACAAAACCAGGAGAUACACUGUUAAGCACUGUAUAUGUAACAUUGCUCAUAGAAUCUGUUCAUUCUAUUGGUUUUAUUUGUAAAUAGACUCUUGAUAUUACUUGUAAAUAAACAGAACACUGCUUUGUCCAAUUAAUACUGACUCAUUUGAAAUAGACCUAAGUUGAAUAAACUGACCAUGGUACCAAAUAGCCAUAUUGCUAUGAAAGAACAAAACUAAAUUGCUUAUUAUUAAACAAUCUUAUUGAUAAAUACUAUACUGAUGUCUUGGUACUAGUCUAGAAAAGAAAUAGACUACUGUAUGAUGUAUCCCCUAUCUCUAUGCUUUUGGUCUUUCCAUCUGUAUAACAUGCCCUGACAAUAUACUCAGUUCUUUCUUACUCUGCAAUUCUCACCUUAACUGUCUCACUAAUGUCUAGCUCUUCAGAAACAACUAUGUAACUCUUUCCAUUGGCAAACUGAGCUGAGAUAUAUUCAGUGGUUUAGAGUUCACUCUAAGAGCACAGUAACAAAACUGAGACCAAUUGAAGAAUUAAAUGAAAUAAGUGUGAGAUUCCAGCGAAGUAGAACAAUUGCUCACCCAACAGCUUAGCAUUUCUAAUAAACUGAAGUGUUGACUUAUGGAUUUCAUUGUCAGUAUUUUCAAUCAAACCCUUAGGUGUUUUAAGCAUGACUCUGUUUUAUUUCACUGAUUUCUUUUGUUUUGUCUUAGAAUCUUCUACUUCACAUUUUUCAAUGUUAAUUUGGUUUAAAUACAGAGAUUAGAUGAUAGUUUCACUGCCUACUUCAAUCUUUAGCAAUAUCAUGUACAAUUGUGAUAGUAAAGAUAGUUGGAGCUGUUGCUAAGAAACAGAAAUAACUGUGGCUAGCAACAUUGUAUCUGUAGAAAGACUUUUUGAAAUGGGUGCUAUUGGUGUAAAAUGUAUAGGUUCUUCUUGAGCUCUGACUUAAUGUCUCAUUUAUUUAUCCCAACUCAUUGGAUUCAUUACCAUUCAGUCUGUGUCUCUUUUUUAAUGACUGGUGUGGCCUCCCAGCUAUCCUAUGAACAGUUGUACAUAUCCUUUAUGCACAGCAUAUAGAACUGCAAGCAUGUAAGUUCUUGUUUAUUGUGUGUGUGUAUAUACACAUACGCUGUACUGCAGAAAUUUGGCUAGUUUUAAAGUGACUUCAGGUCUUAUAAUUCUGACAUCACUGAAUGAAGAAAAAUUUAUUUUUAUUUCAUUUUUGUCAUUUCAAUCUCUGUAUUAAGUUAUUGUCGUUUAUUGUUUGAUAAAGAAGCUUUAAAAUAAUGAUUACUCAAAACAGUUUAAGGUUAACCUAAAAUUUUAGUCUGUGAUAUUUUGACAAAGAAUCAGUCUUGUAAAUAGUCAGGCCAGGCUAAAAAAUAUGCUCAUCUUCAGUUUCCGUUAGUUCCCAGCUAUCUUGUGUAAACACUUUACAAGAGGGUGUAGCUAUUGAAAUGUGUAUUGCAAUAUUUGAUUUUUACCUUGUGAAGAUAUUGUAUUUACAGAUCAUUUAAUUACAAUUUUAGAAAAUAAAAAAAGUUGAAAGCCUAA